UCCCUGAAAGGGCUUAUCAGAGAAGGAAUGGCCGUCAGGCACCUGCCAACCAUGGUCCAGGAAUCAGUGACCUUCAAGGAUGUGGUCGUGCUCUUCACCCGGGACGAGUGGGCACAGCUAAGCCCUACUCAGAGGGCCCUUUACAGGGAUGUGAUGCUGGAGAACUACAGCAACCUGGUCUCACUGGGACUCUUAGGACCCCAACCAGAGCUGUUUUCCCAGCUGGGAAAAGGAGAAGAAUGGAUGCUGGAGGACGCAUCGGGAAGCUUCUGUCUUGACUGGAUGACUAUGCCCGUGAGUAAGAACUCUCCUCUCAAGUCGGGUAUUACUGACGAAGACUUGGAUCAGUGGAUGAUAAAGAACAGAUUCGCUAGAGAUAGUCACUGGAAAUAUGAAAGCCUGUUGGAAUGGCAGCAUGGAGGCCAGGGGGUACUUGCUCACCAGAAAACCCCCUCUCUGCUCAGCGCUCAGACCAGGGAUGAACCUGGGAAGCACUGCACUGUGAGCUCAUCUGUUGUUCAGAGUCAGGGAUUUCAAUCUAGCAAAAAAGCCUUCGAGUGUAGUGAGUGUGGAAAAGUCUUCACUAAGAGUUCAACCCUUAAUAAACAUCAGAAAGUUCAUACUGAAAAACUGAAUGCAAAUCAGAAAACUGUUAUUAAAGAGAAACGAUAUGAAUGUAGAGAAUGUGGGAAAGCCUUUCACCAGAGUACACACCUCAUCCAUCACCAAAGAAUUCACACUGGUGAGAAACCGUACGAAUGUAAGGAAUGUGGCAAGGCCUUCUCCGUGAGCUCCUCACUCACUUACCAUCAGAAAAUUCACACCGGAGAGAAACCUUUCGAAUGCAAUCUAUGUGGGAAAGCUUUUAUCCGAAACAUACACCUUGCCCACCAUCAUAGAAUACACACUGGAGAGAAACCUUUUAAAUGUAACAUAUGUGACAAAGCCUUUGUGUGCAGGGCACAUCUUACCAAACACCAGAAUAUUCAUAGUGGAGAGAAACCCUAUAAAUGUAAUGAAUGUGGGAAAGCCUUUAAUCAGAGUACAAGUUUUCUUCAGCAUCAAAGAAUUCACACUGGAGAGAAGCCCUUUGAAUGUAACGAAUGUGGAAAGGCCUUCAGGGUGAACUCUUCCCUUACUGAGCAUCAGAGGAUUCAUACUGGAGAGAAACCUUAUAAGUGUAGUGAAUGUGGGAAAGCUUUCAGGGAUAAUUCAUCCUUUGCUCGACAUCGGAAAAUUCAUACUGGAGAGAAACCUUACAGAUGUGGUUUGUGUGAGAAAGCGUUCAGGGAUCAAUCAGCCCUAGCCCAACAUCAGAGAAUUCAUACUGGGGAAAAACCUUAUACAUGUAAUAUGUGUGAGAAAGCCUUCAGUGACCAUUCAGCCCUCACUCAGCAUAAGAGAAUCCACACCAGGGAAAAACCUUACAAAUGUAAAAUCUGCGGGAAAGCCUUUAUUCGAAGCACACACCUUACUCAACAUCAGAGGAUUCACACAGGAGAGAAGCCCUAUAAAUGUAAUAAAUGUGGGAAAGCUUUCAACCAGACUGCAAACCUCAUUCAGCAUCAGAGACAUCAUAUUGGAGAAAAGUGAUAGGAUUAUAGUUUAUAUGGCAGAGCUUU